AGAAUUACUUGGCACAGCAACGACACUACUUCGGGACAAUGAAACAGCUGACUGUGCUUCUAGCGCUGCUGGUGCUUGGUGGCACCCUUCUACUAUCGGUGGUAUCAACAGCUUAUCUUCCGGUACCGUAUUUCGAUCAACGACUUAGCGCGGGCCCACUGUCCAAGAGUGAGCUGGCGUACCUGCGGCGGCUAGCCGAGGAUUCCGAAGGGUUGGAAGUCACUACCACGAUAGCCGAUGCAGCCGAGGAAGCCCCAGAAGGGUCCUUCACGAACUCGUGUGUUGGCGAAGCGGACGAAAGCAGUGACAGUGCCGCGGUUAGUGAUGACGAGGAAGCACCGGCAUCGUACGACCAGUCCUCCGUCGCUUCGGAUUCGACCUAGUUAGUGGAAACUCUGUAGCAACCGUUGAGUUUAACAAUAAAGGUUUAGGGGA